AAGCGAUAACCCAACAAGCAUAGGAGACAGGGAGAAAGAGCAGCCAGGUCAGGGGAAAUGAAUGUCUGCGAGGCCACGAUUUCUUCAUGCAGUUUGUCCGGCACUGACGGAGAGAGCCUCGAAGAGAGCCGGGUCCUGCUGCAGGGGAGAGGGGGCCUUGCGUCCAGAGCUCGAUGCGCUGAUUGGUUGGUCAGCCGCGGCAGGGGAAGAACCCGGAUGUGCCUGGGUCGCUGUGUUGGCAAUUGGGGCUCUGAGGUUUGGGCGUUAUAGGCGCGCUGGCAAGUCGAGGCGGAUGGCGCAGGGUUGGGCCGGCUUCUCUGAGGAGGAGCUGAGGCGAUUAAAGCAGACUAAAGAUCCAUUUGAACCACAGCGGCGUCUUGUCCCUGUGAAGAAAAGUCGACAACAACUUCAGCGAGAAAAAGCCCUUCAAGAGCAAAGCCAAAAACUUGGACUUCAAGAUGGAUCAACCUCAUUACCUCCAGAGCAGCUGCUUUCUGCACCAAAACAAAGAUUUAAUACUCAAAGACCAUGUUCUUCUCCCCCCACUCCCCCUACACUCACCUCUCCUAUUGGUGAUGGAAAACCACAGGGUAUUGAAAGUCAACCAAGGGAACUAGGACUUAAGAAUUCCCAUGAAGGUCACAAAAAUGCUGAGGUUCUACCUCCAAAACCAGAUUGCAAAUUGGAAAAAAAGAAAGUGGAAUUGCAAGAAAAAUCUCGUUGGGAAGUCCUCCAACAAGAACAACGGCUAAUGGAAGAGAAAAAUAAACGUAAGAAAGCUCUUUUGGCUAAAGCUAUUGCAGAAAGAUCUAAAAGAACUCAGGCAGAAACCAUGAAACUAAAGAGGAUCCAGAAGGAGUUACAGGCUUUAGAUGACAUGGUGUCAGCUGACAUUGGAAUCCUCAGGAACCGGAUUGAUCAGGCCAGCCUUGACUAUUCAUAUGCUUGCCUCUUCCACAGGAACCUGGCUGUGUUUUGUAUUCAUGAUGCUGAGCGUGGGACACACCUGAUAAGAACAAAGAUGGGAACUUCAGAACAUUUAAUCCAUAGACUAAACUGGGGUGCAUGGCAUGGCCUGGCAUUAAGAGUUCUGUUUAAACUGAUACGAGUCAAGCCAAGCCAACCCAGGCCCUCCCUCUGGAAUUUUGGGAUUGGAACACUGAGGGAUUGAGUGGAGUGAAUUUGAUGUCAAGGCACAGCUGGUGGCCAUAUUGGGCUGUGAAUAUGAUAGGAAAGCCUAAAUGAGAGAAACUGUGGUUUCUCAGCAUUAGCAUGAGCAAUAGCCUUUGAUUCUGAUGACAUGCCUGUGAGAUUGCCUCUUGUAUCCUACAAUAAAACCCAUUUUUUACCUGAGUGAGUAUGACUCAAUAUCUGCUCAUUACAUCCAGAAAAAGCCUUCACCAAAGGAGGUACACACAUAGUAAACGGCAGAGGCAGGUUUUGAACCCUGGGUUCUCUAAAAACAAGGCCUUUUAUUUUUUCACUAUAUUUCCCUCCAAGACAGAGAAUCUUGCAUAAGGAGAUAUACCUGUUUCUUUUUUGCUAUAACUCUAGUAUUAGAAAUUAUUUAUUACGUUGAGUAAGGUAAGGCAGUCAUAACAGGUAAGGCAUCAUGGCCUUCACAACUGUUAGUGGUAACUAAAUAGAAUAAUUAGUUGGUAGGUAGGGGUCAUCCUCUUCUGGGCGAAAAGAAAAGCAACGCAUUGUAUGGAAAAGGCAAAAAAGAAGAAAAAAAGAAAAAGGAAGAUUGCAAGGUGACUUCCAAGGGUUGUACCCUACUUCAAAUAAGUCUGGCAUUACCUACCUAUGGAGUUUCUAUAUAUGUAAAAAUAAUAAACUUUUCUUAAUAAAAGUCUAACAGUAGUCUGUUACAGAGUGGAGAGGGUGAAGACAACUUAACCUGGGAAUUCUCAACUGGGGGCAGUUUUGCCCCUUAGGAGACAUUUGGUAAUGUCUGGAGACAUUUUUGGUUCUCACAACCAGUGGGUGCUACUGACACCUAAGGAGAGAAAGCCGGUGAUGCUCUGCACAUCCUGCAAUGUACGGGACAGCUCCCCACAGCAAAGAAUUACAUGGCCCAAGUUGUCAGUAAUGCUGAGGUUGAGAAACCCUGCUUAAACCUAUCCUGAAGUUUUCUCUUCUACUUGGUGUUUACUUCUUACUCUCACCCAGUGUCAUUGGGCUGGCUGUGCUCUCGUCAUUUCUGAACCACUGUCCAUGUCCUCCUCCAAAAUUUUUCUUCCUUUUCUACUCCAUUAAUCAAAAGAUAGAGAUUUUCUACUUUCUCCAUCUCUUAUUAUUUUCUCUCUCAUAAAUUUAACCAGUUGUGUGCUGGAGCUGGCUUGCCCUGGUUCGUGAGAGAGAUUUUGUGUAUCUCUUCCCAGUUCUGUAUUCAGUGAUGUCACAUUGAUAGCUUGAAUUUGGCCAUAGUAAUAGUAUUUUUACUACAGAAAUUGAUAAACACUACAAAUUAGGGCUCUCCCCCACUGGAGCUAGCACACCACUGAAUUAACCUCUCAGCCUGCUUUCAUUCAAGCACAGCCUUGGAAAGAGGAAAUGGGUGCCGAAGAAUGUUGUUAGGUUAGGAGAGUCCAAAUGUGCAUGUUGUGGAAGUUUCAGCAGCAAUAGCCUACUUUGUCUAACGUGUAGAUAAGUGU